AUGGGUAAACAUCGCAGAAUCGAUUCGUCCCAUCGACCCAAAAAGAUCGUAAAGACAAGUGAUACAGAUUCCCGCAUCCCGUGCGUGGCGAAUAAUGAUCCUCACUCUUGUUCGCCAAAUGUUCCGAAUGCAUCAGAUAAUAGCUCACCAAUGGAGAUCCCUGGUUUUUAUUAUGACAGCGAAAAGAAUAGAUAUUUUAAGAUACUACAGAAUAAAACAUUUGGGAGCGGUCAUCCGCACAGCACUUCUGUGGUGAGGGAGAGAAAGAUGACAAAAGAGAUUGAAAAGUCAUGGGUGAAUCGGGCGUACAACAAAUUCGAUUAUCUCCUGAGCAAAGAAGUCAAUCCUUUCAAGUCACACCACAGAGCUCGAAAUGGCGAAGUAUUCUUUGAUCUGAUUAGUGAGGAGAAAGAAUUUAUCUUGAAUCUAUAUCACCGCGUCGGCUCCCUUGAAACAUCAUAUCUGGCUCACCGGGUUACCGAUUUCCUGGCAA